AUGAGCUUGGACGUCACAGACUGCGGCCGCGAAAGAUGCUCUGACGACUUGUCUGACGCAGAAUCAGACCAGCCCGGUGCAACCCUGCUCACGUGCAUGCUUAGACUUGGUCUACGUUGGCUUGUUUUACCGUGCCUCAUGUUGAUGUGUCCCCCCGUUGGACUGAAUGCUCUGAUCUACAUAAUUAACCUCAAAUCCAGCGCAAUGCUCCCCAUCGGUGACACUGUGUCAUCGUGUUGCGUCGUCUUUGAGCUCAAGUCAGCGCAGGUCUCGGCCCCUGCCAGCGUGCCAGAAGAGCUCGCUGUGAAACCGUUUGCCCAGUAA